AUGGUGUGUAGCAUCUCCCCGGCAGUGGAUACGUGGUUACCAGAAGACGUAUCGGAGAGCACUUUCAAGACUGACAAUUCCCGAGGCCCUAUCUACAAGCUUGAUCUUCUGGGCCAAAAACUAGUUUUUGUCAAUACCCACGAGUUAGUCAACGAGUGCUGCGACGAUAAGAGGUUCAAAAAGUCGAUAGAAGGGGACCUCACCGAGCUUCGCGAGGCAGUACACGAUGGCCUAUUCACGUCAAAAGGUGUCGAGGAGGAGAACUGGGGCAUCGCCCACAGAGUCUUGAUGUCUGCCUUUGGUCCCCUUGCCAUCAGAGGAAUGUUCGACGAUAUGCACGACCUGGCCGCCCAACUUGCCCUCAAAUGGGCACGCCACGGAUCUUCGACUCCCAUACACAUCGGCGAAGACAUGACGAGACUCACCAUGGACACAGUUGCCCUGUGCUCGAUGGGUUACAGAUUCAACUCUUACUAUCGCGAAGAUACGCACCCGUUCAUCACAGCAAUGUACGCUGUCAUGAAAGAAGCUGGCGACAAGGCAUUACGCGUACUGCCUCAGGUCUUCUACAAGAAACAAGACCGCAAAUACAAGGCGAAUAUUAGCUUCCUUCGGUCCACCGCGAGGGAGGUUCUCGAGGCUAGGAAGAAGGACCCGAAAGACGCCAAUGGUCGAAAAGACCUCUUGACUGCGAUGCUCAACACUGUUGAUCCUGUGACGGGCCGUAAGAUGACGGACGAGAGUAUCAUUGACAACUUGAUCACCUUUCUUGUCGCCGGCCACGAGACUACUGCUGCUACUUUCACUUUCACCAUGUACUGGUUGCUAAAGAGACCCGAAGUAUACCGGAAAGUCCAAGAAGAAGUUGACAGCACAAUUGGAGACGGACCUCUGAAAGUCGAACAUGUUGGCAAGCUGAAGUAUCUAAGCGCAGUCAUGAGAGAAGUUCUGCGACACAGCGCUCCCAUUUUUGGUUUUGGGAGAGAAGCUAUGAAGGACGAGAUCAUUGGUGGCAAGUACCGCGUCAAAGCCGGAGAGCAGAUCCUCUGUUUCUUGACCAAGUCACAUCUUGACCCCAAGGUAUUUGGUGACGACGCAGAGGAAUUUCGACCAGAGAGGAUGCUCGACGAAAACUUUGACCGGCUUAUGAAAGAGUUCCCAAACUGCUGGAGCCCCUUCGGCACUGGUAUGCGUGGGUGUAUUGGAAGGGCAUUCGCCUGGCAGGAGAUGGUGCUCGCCCUCGCUUUGCUGAUGCAGAACUUCAACUUCGUUAUGCACGACCCCAAUUACGACCUGAAAGUCUCGCAGAAGCUUACAAUCAAGCCCAAAGACUUUUACAUUCGGGCUAUCCUGAGAGAAGGAUUAACGCCGUCGAUGCUGGAAGCUCGGAUGGCCGGGUCCCUGACCGGAGGACUGCCCGCCCAGCCGAAGGCCAAAGCCCGCGAAGCUACGAACGGAACAGAAGCCACAACUGGCCCUGUCACAAAAGCGAAUGUGGCAAUCUUAUAUGGUUCAAACUCUGGCACUUGCGAAUUCAUGGCUCACAGACUUGCUAGUGAUGCCGCAUCACAUGGCUUCAGUGCGACUGUUGACUCACUUGACACUGCGCGAGAGUCUCUUCCGACAGAUCGUCCAGUUGUCAUCGUCACGUCUUCUUACGAGGGCGAGCCGCCUCAUAACGCUGCACUUUUUGUCGAUUGGAUGACCAAUCUCAAGGGCAAGGAACUCGAGAACGUGUCCUAUGCUGUUUAUGGCUGCGGUCAUGCUGAUUGGGUGAAAACGUACCAUCGCGUCCCUAAGCUCGUUGACAACACGCUGGAGGAACGUGGAGCCCGUCGAAUCAUCUCACUUAGCACGACGGACGCCAAAGACCGCGACAUGUUCUCUGACUUUGAGGCCUGGGAAGAUGAGGCCUUGUGGCCUGCGCUCGUCAAAGAGUUUGGUGGACAUUCCAAUGGAGGCGAUAACAAUAUCGCCGAGGCAGGCUUGUCAGUGUCAUUCUCCACUCCGAGAACGUCAACUCUGCGCCAAGACGUCAGAGACGCUCUCGUUCUGGAUGCCCGCACCCUCGCCCAUGGAUACCUGGGCCCGGUCAAGAGACAUAUUGAAGUGCAGCUUCCAACAAACAUGCGAUACUCCGCUGGCGACUACAUCGCCGUGCUCCCCCACAAUCCCAAGGACACAGUCGCCAGGGUAAUGCGCCGCUUUCAUCUUACCUGGGACUCACAUAUUAUCAUCCAGGCUUCCGGGCCCACAACCUUGCCGACCAAUGUCAGCAGCCCCGUUUCCGAUGUUCUGAGCUCGUACGUUGAGCUAUGCCAAACUGCUUCAAAGAGGAACAUCUCGACUCUGUCGCAAUUUGCGAAGGAAGAGGAUGUGAGCCAUAAGCUUCAGUGCCUGGCUACUGAUGGCUAUGACACUGAGAUCAAGGCAAAGAGGCUCUCAGUUCUCGAUAUUGCCGAGCAAUUCCCAUCCCUAAUCAUUCCCUUCAACCACUUCUUGCUCAUGCUCCCUCCCAUGAGAGUCCAUCCUGGUAUCGCCACCAUCACCUAUGGUGUUCUCGACGAACCCGCCUUAUCAGGACAAGGCCGGCAUGUCGGCGUCACUUCCUCUUACCUGGCUACGUUGACUGCCGGCGACCGCCUACAAGUUGCUAUCCGUGCUUCGCAAGGUGGCUUCAAGCUUCCAAUCGACGUGGAUAAGACGCCUCUCCUAUGUGUGGCAGCCGGAACCGGCUUGGCACCAUUCCGCGCCUUCGUUCAAGAACGUGCUACACUUCUCAGCAACGGUCGCUCUCUUGCACCGGCCAUCCUGUUCUUUGGGUGCCGUGACCCAACAGCUGAUGAUCUCUAUCGUGAAGAAUUCGAUAAGUGGGAGGCCGUCGGUGCUGUGAAGGUGUUCAGAGCUUACAGUUGGAAGCCCGAAGCUUCCAAUGGAUCCAAGUAUGUACAAGAUCGCAUCUGGCAGCAACGCGAUAUGUUGUACGGGCUAUGGGACCAAGGUGCUAGAGUCUAUGUCUGUGGUUCUAACAGAGUGGCCGAAGGAGUGAAGGAUGUUUUGCUUAGAGCGGCUAGGGAGAAGAGCGAGUUGGACGACGGAAAGCCGAUGGAUGAUGAGGAGCUGGAGGAGUGGUUCAGCAAAAUCCGCAACGAGCGAUAUGCGACUGAUGUAUUUGACUGA